GCGACGCGUAGCCGCCAGCACCGGGCGCUCUGGGUUGGCCACACCUGACGUUGGCAAGGGCCGCUUCGUUAGCGUGAUGACUGACGAUGACACCGACACGACUGUCAGCGAAUUUCAGAUCGCGGAGGAGAACGAGCUGCCUGUUAUCCAGCUGUUCAGCCUGGUCGAAGAGCUCAGCUAUGGAAACUCUGCUCUCAAAACGGAGACAGAGAUGUUUCAGAAAUAUUUAAAUAAACUGGAAUCCAGGGAACAGCGAACGCUGCGGUUAUCUGACAUUAAAAUAUCAGGAACAGAGUUUUCACAGAUGCGAGGCAGGCGCAAGUCCAAAUCCCGCUCGGGCCCGGACCGCACGUCCAGCCUCAGCGUUGACCAAAAAUGCGAUCUCGUGCGAAAGGAGCUGGAAGACACGAAGGAGGAGAUAAGGCACCUGAGGGCCAACGCCGAGCGGGACCUGCAGCAUCACGAGGCUAUCAUUGAGGAAGCUGAAAUUCGGAUGGCUGAGGUUCAGAAAGCAAUGCAAGAGUUUGAAAAAGAUAUUUUGAAAACCAUCGCCAAGAAGAAAGGGAGCAUCCUGGCCACUCAGAAAGUGCUGAAGUACAUUGAGGACGCGAACCGCCGGAGGGAUAAUAUGAAGGAUAAAUUACGUUUGAAAAAUGUUUCUCUCAAAGUCGCGAGGAAAAAGAUGCUUUUGCAACUGAGGCAGAAGGAAGAGGUGGGUGAGGCCCUCCAUGACGUCGAUUUUCAGCAGCUGAAGAUCGAGAACGCUCAGUUCCUAGAGACGAUCGAAGGAAGGAACCAGGAGCUGAUCCGGCUGAAGCUGUCGUCCGGGACCACCCUGCAGGUCCUCAACUCAUACAAAGUAAGGUCCACCCCCUGCCACAGGGCGGUUCCCACAGGGAGGAGGUGGCCUUCAGUCUCUCUCUCUGCCCCCCGCCCCCCAUUUCUCCUGUGGGUCUGUGUGCCCCGGGGCUCCGGCUGGUCGGUGCUGUGCCCCCAGCACCAAGGGCAGUGCCUGGCCAGCAGGUCACUCUUCACCGACUGUAAACUAGUGGUGCCCUAUGAACUACGCUGCAACUGGGGAGAGACGGGAGGGCCAGCAAGCCCCAGUGGGCCAGAGGCAGCGGGGAUCCCGGUGACUUGGUCCUUCCCAACCCAGGACCGGGCCAAAGCUGAGGCUUUGAACAAGCAGCUGCGGAAGCAGAUGGCCGAGUUCCGAGUGCCGCCCGUGAUGACGUACGUCAAGGAGAAGAUCUUCAACGGGGACCUGGAGAAGACCAUCCGCGUCUGGGAGAGGAAAGUGGAGAUCGCGGAGAUGUCCUUAAAAGGCUACCGCAAGGAGUGGAAUAAGAUGAAGGCCACCAACGAGAAGUUGCUGCUCAUCAGCCCCCCAGAGAAGUAGCCGGAGGGAGGCCAUGGGCUGCGGACCAAAAAGCAAUCCAUUAAAAUAGCCAGCUCCUUUCUAGCCACAGGGCCCCCCUCUGUUCCCCGGGCCGGCUGGUGUCCCCCGACUCUCCAGCCAGGCCAACAGCCACCUCCCGGGCCGUGGGCCUGUGGUGGGCGCGGUCCCAGCCUGGCCCCUGGAAACACUGACACUGAAAGAACCACAGGGCACUCGCGCGGUUUGACUCGUCAGCCCACCUUUAGUUCACCAGCACAGAUGAUGGUGCCGUGGGAGGACGUGGCAGUGACACAGAGGAGGGCAGGCCACGGGCCGGGGCAGCCGGGCGUGCA